GGCCAACCGCCACUUCCAUUUAGUGCAAACCACUCAAGUACUACCACUCUCAAUGGUACUCUACCGGAUGGCCAACCGCCACUUCCAUUUAGUACAAACCACUCGAACACUACCACUCUCAAUGGUAAAUCGAUAGCUAUCAUUUCGAUUCCGACAAUCAUUGUUGUUGCAAUCUUAUUCAUUCUUUACCGAUGGAAAUUCUCAUAAAAAAAUCUGUACUUUUGGAAGAAGAAGACACAGAUUACUCGAACUGAUGCAUUUUCGAAGAACUAAGAAUCAUUGAAAAGAUACAAAUACUCUGAAAUCAAGAAAAUGACCAACUCUUUCAAGGAUAAAUUAGGCCAAGGAGGCUACAGUGGCGUUAGAUCCGAAUUUCUAACACCUAGGGUUUGAUCCGGGUUUAUUGUGAGCACGGAUUUACAUCAUCACAAUGUUAUAUAGAGCGGGUUCACUCACAACAAUAACAAAGUGCCAUUAUACUCAAUGAUAGUAUCUCCAUUUGUGAUGUUGAAGUAAUGUCUUAAGAUGAGCGAACCCUCUUGCCAGCCUGAACUUUCCUCUCCCUCCAACAACUGCAAGUCCCCUAUCUCCUUUAUCGGAUUCCUUGAUAACAAGUUGAAAGUGCUGCCGUUGCACUUUGCUGAGGGGAAUCCAAAAGCAACGGCUAAGACAAGCCAUUAGAAUGUUCUGACCCAAUGAUCUUUGUAGGCUCUGGCCUUCUGUUAAGAGGUUGUGGAUGACAAAGACCCUGUUGCAAGCGGUGGGUCCCUUCUUGGUUGUGUUAGCAUGCAGGGCCACAUUGAUUCUAACUAACUCAAUUUUUUUUUAAUCAGGUACUCCGUCGGAUGGCCAACCGCCACUUCCAUUUAGUGCUAAACACUCAAGUACUACCACUCUCAAUGGUCACUUUGGCAGAGGAUACAAUGCCUGAAGAAUAGACUGGAUUGGAUCCAUGACAUGCAUGCCUGCCAUCCAAUGGUGGAACCAUGAAGCACAUGGUAAAUUGAUAGCUAUCAUUUCGAUUCCGACAAUCAUUGUUGUUGCAAUCUUAUUCAUUCUUUGCCGAUGGAAAUUUUCAUUAAAAAAUCUGUUCUUUUGGAAGAAGAAGACACAGAUUACUCGAACUGAUGCAUUUUUGAAGAACUAUGAAUCAUUGAAAAGAUACAAAUACUCUGAAAUCAAGAAAAUGACCAACUCUUUCAAGGAUAAAUUAGGCCAAGGAGGCUAUGGCAGCGUAUUCAAAGGGAAGCUACCUGAUGGCCGUCUGGUGGCUGUUAAGCUAUUAAUCGAAUCAAAGGGCAAUGGAGAAGAAUUCGUCAACGAGGUUACCACCAUUGGUAAGACUUAUCAUGUUAACAUUGUUAGCCUUUUGGGCUUCUGUUACCAGUUGCCCAAAAGAGCUCUUAUCUAUGAGUUCAUGCCCAACGGAUCUCUUGAGAAAUAUAUACACACACAAGAACCAACAAAUCAUCUUGGAUGGGAGAAACUACACGAAAUAGCAGUUGGCAUUGCUCGAGGCCUUGAGUACUUGCAUGUCAGGUGCAGCAAUCGUAUCUUGCAUUUGGACAUAAAACCGCAUAACAUUCUUCUUGAUGAGGAUUUUGUUCCAAAGAUCUCCGACUUCGGUCUAGCUAAGCUCUGCUCACCUAAAGAUAGUGUUAUAUCUAUGGCUGCACCAAGAGGAACCAUGGGUUAUACUGCACCUGAAGUAUAUUGUAGGAACGUCGGGGGAGUGUCUUAUAAAUCCGAUGUUUAUAGCUAUGGAAUGUUGUUGAUAGAAAUGGUUGGAGGAAGGAAGAACCUCAACUUGGAAGCAGAGAAUAGUAGCCAAAUGUAUUUUCCACAUUGGAUAUAUAAACAUUUGUGUGAACGAGGAGACGAUGUGAUAAUGGAAUUUGGGCCGGGUGGCGAGGAAGAGACGGUAAAGAAGAUGAUCUUAGUGAGCUUGUGGUGCAUACAAAUGGAUCCGACACACCGUCCUUCAAUGAGUAGAGUGGUGGAGAUGUUGGAAGAAAGUAUUGAAGGUUUGGAAAUGCCGCCUAAGCCUUUUCUAUCAUCUCCUCCAAGAUCAUAAAAAGUUACAUUUUCAUCCAAAGCAAAUGUGGAAAAUAUUACCAGAGAACUAAGAAUUUGCUAUGUUUCUCUUUAUAGAUGUUGAUACAAUCUAUAGUGUUUUUCUCC